AUGGCUCCUCGCAAGGCUAAACCCGCUCCCGAGAGUACUCCACGGAAACGUGUUGGCCGAGGAGCUGUCCAAAAGACCAGAGCUCCAAAGAAAGCCGGGUCAUCCAUUUCCAACACCAUACCCAAGCAGAGACUCAAUGUUUACGUCUUUGGCUCCGGCAGCAGUGCUGAGCUCGGUCUCGGCCCAAAAAAUGCAAUUGACGUCAAAAGACCACGUCUGAACACCAACCUCGAUGCAGAAAAGGUUGGAGUCGUUGAUAUUGGCGCUGGAGGCAUGCAUGCAGCUGCCUUGACACACAAUAAUCACAUCCUGACCUGGGGUGUCAAUGACAACUGUGCCCUUGGACGCGAGACUACCUGGGAUGGCGGUUUAAAAGAUAUGGCCGAUGACGACGAAUCUGUUGCAAGCGAUGAGGUUGAACUCAACCCACGAGAGGCCAUUCCCACAGCCAUUCCACGUGAGAAGUUCCCAGAAGGCGCCAAAUUUUGCCAGGUAGCUGCAGGUGACAGUGCUACUUUCGCUUUGACUGAAGAUGGAUUUGUUUACGGAUGGGGCUCAUUUGUGGUAUGUUGUCUUUCUUUUCCUCUUGUUGCGUCGAGCUACUUCUAA